AUGCUUUUGUGUAUCUCAAUCAUAAUAUGCUUAACUGAAAUUAAGCUAUAUCUGAAGACAGUACAAAUAUCAGUAUUGUGUGCACAGCAGUCAAGCACACUAAAGCGUAAAAAAGAAGAGGAAAUAGGCUUUGCAUCUGAUAGUGUGCAGAAGAAAAAUACAUUGCACAGUUUAUGCUGCUGUAGUGGAGAUAAGACAAAGGAUGCAAACGUAAGCACAGAAAGUGCGACUUUGAAUAAUAAGAAAACAGCUGUGCCGAAAGACGCGACUGCCAGAAAGAAGCUAGUAAGAAAAAAAGAAAAGCUAUCAGAUGCAAGUCUAGAGAAUGUGCCAGAAAGUAAAAAUAAUUCUAGCAGCAGCAGCUGUGCGACAAAAACGGUGCCCGUGCCAGAUAAAAACACAAGCCCCUCUCCUGAGGCAAAAAAGAGAGCCAGUUGCAUAGAGAAUAAAAGCACAGCAGCGGAUACAGCCAAGAAAGAGACAAAUGGCAAGAAAAAGAUGUAUAGCACUGCAAAUUCGUAUUUAGAAGUUUCUGUAAAAAAGCGCAACGAAAUAGCAGAUAUAAGAGUAAAGUAUAACAUGUAUAUGAAUGCAUGCGGUUUUGUUCUGGACAAAAUAAAUGCGAUAAUCCAUGAAAUCAACCAUUGCCACACCAUGUAUGAUACAUGUGAGAUACCCAACUCAAUAAAUGCUGAAUAUGACAGCGAAAUAGAAAAAAUUAAACUUCUGCGUGCUGAGAUAGAUGGGCUCAGGAAUGACCGAACAAAUAAAUGGAAUGCAUAUAUGGCAGGCUGCCAUUUUGUAGACAAACUGGAAAAGAACAUUUAUAACUUAAGAAAAAGCUAUGUUCAAUACUAUUCAGAAAUAGUAAGGUCAGAGAAAAGGCUAAUUAUUGUAAUCGAACACACCAUAAAGCUUUUACAGAAAAUAUGUGAAAAGGAAGAAUUACAAUCCUCUAUAAAAGAAAAGGAGGCUGCGCAUUUUAAAGAGGAUAAACAAAAGGCAGCAGCACUGAACAAAAUAGCAGAGUUGCAUAGAAUUCGACUAGAAUAUACAACAAAAUUGAUUGAUCUGGAGAAUGAGAAGCAUACCACACAGGAGAAUAUUAUAUUGAGAGAAAUUGAAAGAAGAGAUGCAUAUGUGGCAUAUGACGAGUCAGCAAGUGCGGAUGAAAACAAAAAAAUAAAUCAGCAAAGGAGAGCAAAGGAAAAAGCAUUGCAGAAGAAGAGCCAAAAGGACACAUCCAAAGGAAGCAGCGAGAAAAGCACUGGUUUGUAG